GCUAUAACUAGAGCUAUGACUGUGUUGAUGUGAUUUCUUGAUCAUUGGUUCUUUGAAUACUGAAGCCUUGAUUUCUUGGCUCUUUAAUUUCCCUCGUUUUCGAAAAUGUCGUCUGCGGGUGUUACUGCUCUUCUCCCAGUUCACAAUGAGCAAUUACUUUUCCCUAAUCGCCUACCUACUCCAUUGGGUCUUGAACCCAACGAGUCGAUUUGGAUAUACCUUUCUGUCUCGGGUUCGAUUGAUCCGAUGCCCAUCUUUGCGUCGGAAUCGAUUGAAUCUGUGAAGUUGAGGAUCCAAUCCUGCAAAGGAUUUGUAGUGAAGAAACAGAAGUUAGUUUGCGGAGGUCGAGAGUUGUCUCGGAAUAAUUCGCUAGUACGAGAUUACGGUGUCACUGAUGGAAAUGUGUUGCAUUUGGUGCUUAGGCUCUCUGAUCUUCAGGUCAUUAAUGUCAAGACUUAUUGUGGGAAAGAGUUUACCUUCCAUGUGGAGCGGGAUAGGGAUGUUGCGUAUGUGAAAGAAAAGAUUACGAAGAAGGUAAAAGAAUUUGUGGACGCCGAUGAGCACGAAGUAGUGUGUGAUGGAAGGCCGCUAGAUGAUCAUAGCCUUGUAGACGAUAUUUGUAAUAGGAAGGAUGCAGUCAUACAUUUGUUUGUUCGGAAGUCUGCGAAAGUUCGGGGCAAACCUGUUGAUAAAGCCUUUGAGCUCUCUAUUGUGGCAUCACAUUUCAAAGAACAAUGUGGAUCUAAGUUUUCUAGGGAAAAUGAUAAGAAACAAUAUAAUAAUACAGAUGAGAAAGUUUAUAGGACAGAGUACGAUUACGACAAAGAAAUUGCAUCAAGAAGGCCUCCUCCUAAUGAGGGAAGAGGUAGUUUUAUGGAGCCCAUCAUCGUUAACCCUAAGAUUGAAUUACCAAUACCGAUUUGGGAUAUGGUUAACUCUACAUUAGAUGGCUUAGACCAUGGGCAUUUUCCAGUUAGGUCUUUGGAGGGGACCGGUGGAGCAUAUCUUAUGUUAGACCCGUCAGGAAAGAAGUACGUGUCCGUGUUUAAGCCGAUUGAUGAGGAGCCUAUGGCCUUGAACAACCCUCGAGCGCUUCCGUUGUCACUCGAUGGUGAAGGGUUAAAGAAAGGGACCAGAGUUGGAGAAGGAGCAUUCAGAGAAGUUGCAGCUUACAUUUUAGAUCACCCAAUAACCGGCCACCGUUCGAUGUUCGGUGACAAGAAAGGCUUUGCUGGUGUGCCUCCUACAGUAUUGGUCAAGUGCCUCCACGAUGGGUUCAACCAUCCGAGUGAUAAAUCGGUUAAAAUUGGUUCCUUGCAGAUGUUCAUGGAAAACAAUGGUAGUUGUGAGGAGUUUGGUGCUGGGGCUUUCCCUACUAAGGAGGUCCAUAAAAUCUCUGUUUUGGAUAUCAGAUUGGCAAAUGCAGAUAGACAUGCUGGAAAUAUUUUGCUGGGAAAAGAAAGAGAAGGGGGUCACACCGUACUUAUUCCGAUCGAUCAUGGAUACUGCUUGCCAACAAGUUUUGAAGAUUGUACAUUUGACUGGCUGUAUUGGCCACAAGCCCAGCAACCAUACGAUGCAGAGACAUUAGACUACAUAAACUCACUGGACGCAGAGGAAGAUAUCGCCCUUCUGAAGUUCCAUGGAUGGGAGUUGCCACUCGAAUGUGCCCGCACGCUCCGCAUUUCGACGAUGCUUUUGAAGAAAGGGGCAAAGAGAGGGCUGACGCCGUUCGACAUCGGCAGCGCAAUGUGUAGAGAAACCUUGACGAAGAAAUCCGUGAUCGAGGAGUGCGUGGAUGAAGCAAUGGAUUCUAUUCUCCCUGGUACAAGUGAAACAACAUUCCUUGAAACUGUAUAUGAAAUAAUGGAUCACCGCCUUGAUCAGAUUGCUGCUUCAUUGCCCUGAUGGGGAAAUUUAAGAUCAUUUUAGUAACCAAUAAUAAUAGGUGUAAUUAAAUAUGUGGAUAUGAUGUCAAUGAAAUAAUAAUAAUAUUAUUAUUAUUACUACUACUAUGUAUCUGCGACAGGAACAUUUCUGUUCUGUUUCUUCCUCCUUUUAUUGAAGCCGCUGAUAAGGAUUGUCGGCGUCUUGUCAAAAGGCAAUUCUUUGGAAUUGCUGUCAUAUUUUGUGCUUGUAAUUUUGCCUGCCGAAGGUAUUUUUCCUUUGGAAUUUGUAUCCAAAUUAAAUAAAUAUUUGAUGGAUUUUUUGUUUC